AAUCUCUAUGAUGGUUGAACAGGCAGGAAGUAUUGGUGGGAGAAAAGUGCGGUAUAUCAUUGGAAUUCAGAUAAAAACAUAAUUACUGGACUUGAAUCUACUUUCUCACAUUCCAGUUCAAACCUUUUAUAAUGGCAGGAUUGCCACGAAGAAUAAUCAAGGAAACGCAGAGGCUUAUGGCAGAGCCUGUGGCUGGAAUCAAAGCUAUACCAAAUGAAGAUAAUGCUCGUUAUUUUCAUGUUCAAAUGGCAGGUCCUAAAGAUUCACCAUUUGAAGGAGGUUUUUUUAAAUUAGAAUUAUUUUUACCAGAAGAAUAUCCGAUGUCGCCUCCCAAAGUGCGAUUUAUGACCAAGAUAUACCAUCCAAACAUUGACAAAUUGGGAAGAAUAUGCUUGGACAUCCUCAAAGAUAAAUGGAGUCCUGCUUUGCAAAUAAGGACAGUUUUGUUAUCAAUUCAAGCGUUACUUAGUGCACCCAACCCCGAUGAUCCCCUUGCCAAUGAUGUGGCUGAACAAUGGAAAGCAAAUGAAUCACAGGCCCUUGAAACAGCACGUGCUUGGACCAGAAUGUAUGCUUGUUAACACACAAUGAUGACUUCUUUAUUGGAAUAAGUGGCGGCACUUCUAUAUCCCAUGUUUCACAAGCCUUUUUGUGAAACCACCCACACUGGAAGAAAAUUGUUUUCAUGACCAUCAAUAAGUAUUCCAACUAAACUAAAAUCAAUUGAAAAUAUCGAGAUAACAUUUUGUAAGAUGUUGAAGUAUGUAUAGGUAAUUUGAAUUGCUAAUUUGAGUCUGUGCCAAAGCCUCA